AGCAACAUGCUCCCCGUUCUCGCGAUCCCGGUGUUCUGCGUCGCGACAUGGGUAUCCGCGCUGAACGAUCCGUCAUCAGAUUUACCCAGGUUUGGCAAACCGUUGAACAAUCUCACAGUCUCGGUGGGUCGCGAAGCCAUUUUCACCUGCAUCGUCGAGGAUCUCGGACCAUACAAGGUAGCGUGGCUACGAGUCGAUACGCAGACGAUUCUGACGAUAGCGACUCACGUUAUUACGAAGAAUCAUAGGAUCGCUGUGACACAUAGUGGCCAUCGUGCGUGGUCUCUUCACAUAAGAGAAACGCGCAAGACCGACAGCGGUUGGUACAUGUGCCAGGUUAAUACUGACCCGAUGUCCAGCAUCACUGGAUUUCUCGAAGUCGUUGUGCCGCCGGACAUCCUGGACUAUCCCACCAGCACGGAUAUGGUGGUGCGAGAAGGUAGCAACGUGACGCUACGAUGCGCGGCAACAGGAACACCGGAGCCGACGGUCACGUGGCGUCGUGAAGCGGGUGGCACGAUCAGCUUGUCGAACUGGCAGGCGGGUAGUAUCGUGGGUCCGGAGUUGGAAAUAACACGAAUCACGCGUCUCCAUAUGGGACCGUAUCUCUGCAUAGCGUCCAACGGGGUGCCACCAACAGUCAGCAAACGGAUCCUCCUCACUGUUCAUUUUCAGCCAAUGGUUUGGAUUGAGAAUCAGCUAGUGGGUGGUUACGAAGGACAAACUGUUACGUUGGAAUGCCGUAGCGAAGCUCAUCCCAGUCCUAUCACAUAUUGGACGAAGCCAUCGAACGAAACUAUUGCCAAUGACGAAAAUUAUAAGGUCGAAACAAUUCCUAGAGGAUUAUAUGAAAUACUUAUGAAGCUCGUGAUAAAAUCUGUACGGGCACAGGAUUUCGGAACCUUUCGAUGCGUGGCGACGAACUCCCUUGGAGAGACCGAUGGAAAGAUAAAACUUUACAAGAUCGAUAAGCCGCCAACAACGCGCAAACCAGGCUCGAGGCGUGAAUCGAAGAAAACAUGGAAGAUCGAUCACAAUCAUGAGAAGAAAGCUAUCGGUAUGAAAGACGAGCCGAUGUUAAAGGGCGACGAUAUUGGUGACGAGCAGAUCGAUUUUCAAUCGGCGACGGCCUCAUCGUCGUUUCAUCGUCAUUUAUUUAUGAAUUUUGGGAUAACCACCAUGACUGUGAUAUUGGCCGGUGGUUUAUCCACGUAGGCCACCGUUGUGUAGAAACUGUUACGCGAAGAUUAAUGCAAUGUAGAAAGCGUUCUCCAGAUACGAGACUAGGUAUCGUGGAGAAUGUCACAACGAAAGAAUGUCGAUAUGAAUGAUGCUGCGUAGGAUCGCUGCUCUCCGUAAAAGAUCUCUUCCUGUUGUACAUGUAAUUUGCAUAAAGCGAAACGUAGAGCGAAGCAUAGAGCGAAGAAUCGUUUUUACAUGGAGUCCGGAAUACCUGGCUGAUUAGGCCAGAGUGACCAGGGUACUUCGUGAGAAGCGUAAUUAACACAUUGCAAGCCGAACGUGUACUAAUAGAUUUUCCUUCCCUAAAGACAUAGAAAACCACCAAUCUAUUAACCCCUUUGCGCUGAAGGUGCCAGAGUAGCUGGCUUUUACCGUUUCCAUUUCAAGCGGUAACUCUGUUGACCUCGCCAUCACUUAAAGAAGAAAGUCUGUAGAUCCAGUAAAAAGGGGGACAUAUUAUUUGCAAUCUCAUUUUCUAAUUAGUUACCAAAACAAAUA